AUGGAAAAGGACGUCAAGGUGGAUACGCUUGCAGAAGCGAUUCCCGAUCUGGUUAGACGCGUGGAACAGCUUCUUGCACGACAAUUAUCCAAUCCUCGUCAGCGAAUGCUUGUUGCGCUUGCAGGUGUGCCAGGUUCGGGCAAGUCGACGGUAUCGCAUGCCGUUGUGACUGAGCUCGCCUCGCGAGGAAUUCAAGACGUUGUGGUUGUGCCCAUGGAUGGCUUUCAUUAUACACAACAAGUGCUGUCAACGUUUCAAGACCCUACCCAAGCUUUCCAGCGGCGUGGUGCCCCGUUCACUUUCGAUGCAGAAGGCUGUGUAAAACUUGUAGAGACUUUGAAGUCAACGCCUGUCACGAAGAGUGGUGAGACAGAGUUCACGGUGCUUGCACCAAGUUUUGACCAUGCGCUCAAAGACCCGGUUCAGGAUGACAUACGAGUGUCCUCUCAUACCCGUCUAGUGAUCAUCGAGGGUAAUUACACUCUUCUCAAGCAGAGUCCAUGGGAUCAAAUUGCGGAACAUUGUGACGAGAGAUGGCUCGUUGAUGCCCCAAUAGAUGUAGUAAGACAACGGCUAGUACAGCGUCACCUAGCAGCCGGAAUUGAACCGUCAACAGAGUCUGCUAUCCGACGAGCAGAGGAAAACGACAUACCAAAUGGCGAAUUAAUUAGAAAUCAGUUGAUUACACCAGAUGUAAUCAUUGGGAAUUGA